AUGGCAGAAACCUUACAGCAACAACAACAGCAGCCACAACCACAACCGCCACCACCACCGGUACCUCCACCCGUAGUACAAGACUUUCAUGCUGUGGACCGAACUAUUACCAUUACCAAAGAGUUUAAAAAGAUGAAAUUGCCAUCAUUCAAAGGAGGAAUAGAACCAACGAAAGCUGAAACAUGGGUGUUGGGAAUAGAGAAGUUAUUUGAAGUUUUUCCUUACACCGAAGCUCAAAAAGUACAACUGGCUGCCUUCACACUUGAGGACGAGGCACGGAGAUGGUGGAUGCUUAUAAGGACCAUACACCCAGGAUUAACAUGGGAUAGAUUCCUAGAACUGUUUUAUGACAAGUAUUUCCCUCAAAGUAUGCGAGAUAAGAAGGUGACAGAAUUUGUAACUCUCAGACAAGGGAAUAAAACUGUUGCCGAAUAUGAAACUCAAUUUGCAGAACUGACCCGGUUUGCACCUCAUAUGGUGGACACAGAUUACAAGAAGGCGCGUAAAUUUGAAGGUGGAUUACGGAAUGCUAUAAUGGACAAGGUUAACAUGUUGAAGUUACCCACUUAUGUCGAUGUGUUGGAGAGGGCUGUUAUAGCAGAAGGAAACCUCGCUACUCAGAACCGAAUUUCUUAA